UGCAAACCGUCUGAACGACACUAAUAGCGCCUUUACGGAGUAGGACGUCGUAGCAUGUCCAUUGUGAGAGCCAUACACUGGAUGCCAACGCCCACAGGACCGGCACAGUCAAACCACCAGCCGUCACGCGGUCCAUCGUUGCCCCGAGUCCUCCUGACCCAUCGUUCUUGUCGUCGGAGGGGAAGCACCACUGCAUAUAACCCAAGGACCCCGGGCUCUGGCAUGCACCUCCGCCUGGCCACCUUGUUGAGAGCAGAAGGGUAGCGUCCGCGGUGCGCGCUCUUGCUCCGUCCGUCGCAGCCACCGGCGACAUGGCCACCGCUGUGCCGCGCACCGCCGGCUCGGACUCGUCCGUGGUUGACGUGGAGAUGGUGGAGGCGAGCGAGAUCCGGCGGCGGGCCAGGCCGGGCGACCGCGUGUCGCCGCCCGGCGACUGGGGAGAGUGGCGCGAGCGCGGCGUCGUCGCUCAGGGUGACCAGCCGGCGUCCCUGGAGCGCGUGUUCGCGGACCAGCGCGUGCCGUCGUGGCGUGAGCAGCUCACGGUGCGCGCCUUCGUGGCCAGCUUCUUCCUGGCCGUCAUGUUCAACAUCAUCGUCAUGAAGCUCAACCUCACCAUCGGCAUCAUCCCCUCGCUCAACGUCUCCGCCGGCCUCCUUGGCUUCUUCUUCGUCCGCCUCUGGACGUCGGCCAUCGAGAGGAUGGGGCUCCUCAAGCAGCCCUUCACGCGCCAGGAGAACACCGUCAUCCAGACCUGCGUCGUCGCCGCCUACGGCAUCCCCUACAGCGGGGGCUUUGGUAAUUACCUAUUGGCCAUGAGCGGCAGAAUCGCUUCGCAGGCAACAGAGGCAAAUAACCCUCAAAAUAUCAAGAAUCCGCAUCUUGGAUGGAUAAUUGGCUUCCUCUUCCUGGUCAGCUUCAUUGGGCUCUUCGGCCUUGUGCCACUGAGAAAGAUUAUGAUCAUUGACUACAAGCUGACCUAUCCAAGUGGCACUGCAACUGCCUAUCUCAUAAACGGCUUUCACACACCCCAGGGUGCCAAGAUUGCAGAGAAGCAAGUAAACAAACUGGGUAAAUUCUUGGUUCUCAGCUUCUUAUGGGGUUUCUUUCAGUGGUUCUACACAGCCACUGAUGAAUGUGGAUUCCAGAAAUUCCCAUCAUUAGGGCUGCAAGCUUUCAACAACAGGUUUUACUUUGACUUCUCUUCUACCUAUGUCGGAGUUGGAAUGAUUUGCCCACAUAUUGUCAACGUAUCUAUUCUAUUGGGAGGCAUCCUCUCGUGGGGAAUAAUGUGGCCUCUUAUAGCCAAUAAAAGAGGCAGUUGGUUCUCUGCCGAUCUCCCAGAAAGUAGUCUCCGUGGAAUGCAAGGUUACCGGGUCUUCAUAGCCAUUGCCGUGAUUCUUGGCGAUGGCCUCUAUCACUUUCUCAAGAUGCUCAUUCUGACGGUCUACUCAUUAAGAUCUCGACUCAAGACGGGCAGCGCUAGUCCUUUUCCUGUCUCUGAUGAUGAAACAAGUGACGGUACUGCUGCUAUCUCAUAUGAUGAGCAGCAGCGCAAAGAACUAUUUCAAAAGGAUCAAAUACCCUGGUACAUUGCAUAUGGAGGUUACAUUGCUGUUGCCGCUGUAUCUAUUGGCACAGUCCCGCAGAUAUUCCCUCAGCUGAAGUGGUACCAAAUAUUGGUAGCCUAUAUGGUAGCACCGGUACUUGCCUUCUGCAAUGCCUAUGGAGCUGGCCUCACUGAUUGGUCUCUUGUUACAACUUAUGGGAAGCUUGCAAUCUUUGCUUUCGGUGCGUGGACAGGUGCUUCAAAUGGAGGUGUUCUUGCCGGUCUGGCUGCCUGCGGUGUGAUGAUGAGCAUUGUUUCUACCGCUUGUGAUCUGAUGCAGGACUUCAAAACAGGAUACCUGACACUGGCCUCACCAAGGUCAAUGUUUAUCAGCCAAAUCAUAGGCACUGCAAUGGGUUGCGUCAUUGCUCCCUGUGUUUUCUGGCUUUUUUACAAGGCCUUUGAAGACGUUGGGAUCAGUGGAAGUGAGUACCCUGCACCAAAUGCUGCCAUCUUCCGCAGCAUGGCAAUACUAGGUGUCGAUGGCUUCUCAUCGCUGCCAAAAAACUGCAUCACUCUUUGCUACAUAUUCUUUGUUGGAGCAAUCGCUGUCAACUUGAUAAGAGAUCUUGUUCCCAAGAAGGUAUCGAGAUUUAUGCCAAUCCCAAUGGCGAUGGCGAUACCAUUCUACCUAGGACCAUAUUUCGGCAUCGAUAUGUUCAUCGGGACAGUGAUCCUUUUUGUCUGGCAAAGGCUGGACAGAGUAAAAUCAGACACAUAUGCACCUGCAGUUGCUUCCGGCUUGAUUUGUGGCGAUGGGUUGUGGGUUUUGCCCCAGUCAAUGCUUGCUCUUGCCAAGGUGAAACCUCCAAUCUGCAUGAAGUUCCUGUCAAGAGGGGUGAACGCCAAGGUGGAUGCUUUCAUCGCAACAUUAUCAUAGAAUGUUCGUCGCUGUUGUCAAUCAAAGAUUCAGAUUGAUGCCAGACAUGUAUGAAAUUUGCAUUUGUUCAUUUAUUCCCCAAAAUAAGCCAGUUUAGUCGAUAUAACUAGAUGUAAACUAUGCACAAAGAGAUGAAUGGCGAGUGGAUUAUUCUGUACUCUUUUGCAA